ACUCUGCAUCGCAUCUGUAUCAACCAAAGAAGGUUUCUUGCGUGCCGUGGCUCCGAGCCUUAGAUGAUCCUAAUCUGCUCUGCUCUGCUUGAUAAACUUCUGAGUUCACGAGGGGAAUAGCUGGGUAAAGCUCGCUCCGGCAGAGCCGAUACAAUACGUGAGUCGAUAACACAGUUGAGUCGAUAGUUGAAUUGCCAGUAGAGGGUUUCGAACUUUCGAAAGCGGGGUGCCCUUUGUCAUGUCAGCGUCCACAAAGGUCCACAACACGUCGCGAUCACGUGUGUGUAUUUCCCACGACGCGUUUGUUGGCGAGUUCAAAGGCGUAGGCUUGACUCACUGGCCACAACCACACGCAAGUUUCUCGCUUAUUGCGAUUCCUUUGUCUCCCUAGUCGACAAUUCAACCUCCGCCUGGACCACAGUGCCGCAAUGACCCUCUUCACAAAGUAUAAACACCCCCUUCCAUCAGGCUGGACUGGGUGCACCUACCUCACCAUGACCGAAAGUCAACAACCCCGCACACCCAGUCCAGUCCCUGAUGCUAAAUCUUUUCACAAAGAUGGUGCAGAAGGUGAUUGGAAUCUCAUUCCUUCUCCCAUGAAACAAAACAUUCUCAUCCGUAACCGCAAAGGUAUCGAAAACUCUCACAUGGCUCAGAAGCCUGAAGACGUAGAUGUGGCCAGUUUCAUGAGGGAACAUCUUACCCCUCGCCCUGCAGGUAAAAAUCACGUGGUUCCCCAUAGUCAAUACAGGCGCGAUAUUCAGAAGAUUAAGAGUGCGAAGACUGAGGCGCUGCUGUACGCUCCCGCCUGUGCAUUGCUGAACAAGGUCAGCAAACGAAUUUACUAUACUUACACCAAGGCUGGCAAUGCUUUGGAUCAUGCUGACCCCGUCUUAUUUCUUGACCAUCAUACUGGCCCGCCCGUAGCUCCUGGCCUUCAUUUGCGAGAUAAGCCAGACAUUGUGGGCGUAUUUGGUAUCAAAAAAUCCAUGGCGGGCUUUUUCAACAAAAAGACCAUCUCAUACACGGGCGUACCAUACCACUGCAUUAUCACUACAGGGGAAUUCAAACCGGAAGAGAAUGAACGCGCUGGUCAGGCUGUAAGCUAUGCAUGUCAACAUGCUACUUCUAGGUUGGACAUGCCUGGUGUCUACGCACUCUUCGCCAACGUUGAAGGGUACCGGAUUAUCUGGUUUGAUGCAUCUGGCGUCGUGAAGUCGCCGUUUGUGGAUUGGGAUCAGUUAGCCUUGCUGGAAGGUUACAUCAGAUCGAUCUAUAUUCCUCCCAACAAUCACCAUCUUUGGGACCCAACUAUCUCGUCGCCUGUCAUCCUUCCUGAUGCCAUGGGGAAAGGUUCGAAGGCACACUGGACGAUCACUUACAAUGGGGAGGAAUACAAUGACUGCAACCCAUUCUUUAUACCGCAUGCGUGGGGGAGGAGGACGACGGUCUUCAUGUAUGAAGGCGACGAUCAUGACUUCGCUGUUAUCAAGGACGCUUAUCGAGACGACGCUCGGCGGUUCGAGGAGGCCACGUUGAUAAAGGAUAUUCACUCGAAUGGGAUAUUUCCUGGCGUUGUCCGGCUUCUGGACUCGGGAAACGUUAACGCAAAGGACGAUUCGGCGAUCGUGACGGCUCGACCGGCAGAUUUGGACAAUAAUGUCAUCCACCGAACCAAAAAGAGGCUCAUCAUGGGCAGCAGAGGCUCCAAACUCUACGAGGCGAAGUCUGUGAAGGAUAUCCUGAAAGCGGUCUACGACGUGCUAGAAGUUCAUCGAGCAUUGCUAAAACGCCGCCGCUUUCUUCAUCGCGAUCUUAGCAUGCAUAACGUUCUAAUAUAUCCGGAGCAUUCGAAACGCACAACCGAAGGCAAAGAAUUCAUUUCCGACCCACCAGAGUUCAUCGACGAGAUCCUAGGCGAAUCAAAUGACUAUGACGACAGGUGCCGCGCUCUCCUAAUCGACGCUGACAAUAGUGCGUCGUUGAAAUCCGAGCUAAUGGCCAACAUAGCAACGACUGAAGACAUACACAAGGAGCUGGCUUUGAGAACUGGCACUCCUCGAUAUAUAGCACGCUCUGUUGCUUCCGGCCGACUUCUCUCCGGCACUAGAAGUACCAAGGAUUUCAAACCUAUGCCUAGUCUCAAAGACGAAGCAAAAGAGAUGUACGUCCGUGCCUACGGCCAAGACACCUACGACAGCUACGAGGAUACAAGCGAGAGAUGUCAUGGCGGAGUUGCCUCGUCUUGGGAUCCUGAGGACAUUCCGUUCAUCCAUCGUCCCGACCAUGACGUUGAAUCUGUGUUCUGGCUUUUAUCCGCUGUCUUUAUCCUUGCGAAACCCUUAGGAAAAUCGGACGAGCCUACACCGUUAUUUGUACAAGCAUGGAAACGCAUCCAAGACCAUUCCAUCGCAGCAACAGACUAUGACGAUGAUCGAACGGCACUCCUCGAUAAUGAUAUCAGUCGAUGGAAGAAGGUCUUGCACCCGGAUCUUGCCUCUCUCGCACCCCUUAUGUUCAAUCUUGGAGAUCAUGUCAGGCCCGAGUAUGCCUUAUUGGAUCCCCGGCCACAUCCUGAUCACCUUCAUGAAGCCUUCCGUAGGUUGAUUCUUGAACAUAUUAUCAGUAUGGGGGAUACGGAUAUCGCUUUAGAACCUGGCAUAUCACGUAGAGUCGCAUCUGAUUCCCCUGCAGGUCAGGUUCGACUUCCGCGACCUCCCACUGAUCUGAAGCGAAAGGCGGACGGCGAAGUCCCUGCGGAAGGUCAUGUGCGGAAGAGCAAACGUUCAAGAAUUCCUCAUCCACUGAGCGAUGGCGUGCUCUCGGCCCACCUGCACGACUCGGCCUACGUUUGGUACCUUGAAGAUUGAUAUAUUGCGUCCACUCCUUCGUUUGUUGUCGUUGCGUUCAAUUAUCUAUAUAUUCCUCUAGAUUAACAACUUUGCUCAGUCCCAACUAUUGUAUGCUUUAUAAUGAAUAUACCAUGCAUGUCCCGGUUUGAAAUUAGAAUCCAAAAAGGAAGGCUGACGACUCGGAUCUAAAAGAAGAUAGAGUCAUCCCAACAACAAACCGUGACAGCGCUAUAUAACAGAAUUUUACAAUAUGACUUACGGAAGAUUGGUCGUCUGUGACCUCCUCCCUCGAAUCUUUAUACUUUAGCAGUAUACAUAUAACUUCUUCUAGCCAAUAACUUUUUUGCAAGAGAUCCACCUGCUUAACAUAUAUACGACGACUGUACUUUGC